CACAUACAGACAUACCGCACAAUUGCCGUUUUCGUCGAGACGCCAGCAACAACGCCGGCAGCUAGAGCUUGUGCAGCGAGUGUUCUGUAUUCGAAGGAUUGCCUGUGGCAUGACUGUCCUCGGCAAAUGCAAUACUUGCCGCGCGCGCAAGAUCAAGUGCGACGAAGUAAAACCUGUAUGCGGUCGCUGCCGCAAGGUUGGGCGAGAAUGUAGUUAUACAGCCGAGCGCAACGAUCAGACUGGCCUCAGCGUGCGGUCAUCAAGUACAGCGGCACAUGGUCUCGGACGUUAUCACACCUUGAUCCUAGAACGAAAUAAGGCCAAGCCUCGACUUCUUUCAUCCGGUACGGAUGUCAUUCUUGCUCAACGAUGGGCAAAUGCUUGCAUGAGCGAGCUCGACUUUGGAGGGUUGUGGCAAACGAUCCCCGUCCGACUCGGCCACGAUGAGAUUUUAGACGCUGCGGUCACGUACCACCUCGACUGUCAAGACUUCUUCAAGACGCAGAGCGAUACUUCGGCCCUGACUUUAUUGCGCUCGGGUACCAAGGCGAUGGAAGCUAUGAGAAUGGCUGUGGCCAAACCUCGUCGUGACACUCGUAACGCUGUGGCGAUCUCGAUGGUGGUCUUGGCUGUUGCAGAGGCAUAUCGCGACUUUUCGGGCUUCGCAUGGUCAUGUCAUAUCCAGGGUUUUCUCGGAUUGCGGCAGGCUUCCUGGAUGACGGACGAGGGCAGAGCGCUCAUGGAAGUUUUAAUCGGCGGUCUAUGGGCAGCAGAGGUGGCUGAGGCAGUGUACGCCGACACAGACUCCCUUCUGGAUAACGGCAGCAUAUCACCUCCGCUGUCGACAUUACCUGACGAGAACCAGUUGCGGCAUGCCUGCAACUUUGUGAAGGAUAAGAUGAUUCUUGUUCCACGACUCGUGCGUUACACUCGCCAAUUCGCCGCACAACUAUACGAUGCAGAGCUCGUGCCACAGAUACAAUCUCUAGUAACUUCGCUUUACGAUCAUGAUUUCAUGCUACAGAUGGAAGCAUUCAUCAGCAGUAUUACCACGACUCAUCCAGCUCUGCAUAUGCCCUUCACCAACCCUCUCAACCGAUCCUUUACAAUCGCUAAUGGGCAGGUAUACUGGCUCCUGGCAAAGUACUACAUGUAUCGCACUAUCAUUUGCGGAACCAUGCUCCGCCUCUGGAUGCUCGGCAUGGUCCCAACAUCAGCUCAUGACAAAAGUUCCAUAGAACAAGAAGACGUCCGGGUAGCUGAGAAACUAUGCAUGUGUGUCGAAUACGCCACCUCUGGUGGACCAGGGGCCGAUUUCAAGAUCUUGGACAUACGAAGCCCGAUCACUUUGGCCUGGGGUGCAUUGAACCGCCAUGAGCAGCGACUAAUAAAUGCGCAAGCUGAUGGCCAGCCUCUUGACAUUGCGGCUGUAGAACGUACACGUUCGAUGAAGGUGUACUGCAAACAGACUUUUGAUAUGAUAAGAGAGAUCUGGCAUGGCGGCGAUGCGUGGACAGCUGAUUUCGAGCCAUGGGCAGAAACGUACACGGGAGGACCGCCCAUGCCCUGGUUAUUACUGAAGCGCGUUGCUUCGCCAAAACAGGCCUCCAAGUCACCUGCAAUGAUCGAUGAGUUAGAACAUGUAGACGAUGAAUCAUGAUAACGAAUUUGCCCAAGGGGGUUGCCAAAG